UCCAGAAAUCACAUAGUGUUGGGUUUUGGGAGGACAGUCGCGUUGGAUAAUCGGGUUUAUUCCUGGCCACUCGGAAUGGACGGAUGUGUCUUCCUCUUUUUGAACCCCUCCAGGGUUUAACCAAUAACUUUGGGGAUGCUGAUCUGAAAGGACUAGUUUUGAUUUGAUUGAUGCGGAGUCUACAAGCACCAUCCGCGUAUGCAAACUACAACAGGUUAUGUGCCUCACCUGUACUAGAGGAGCGUUUUAUCACGUAGGUAUUGUAGGAGAAUGCACAGCUUGAUGCACAUACUCAGGUGGCUCUCUGCCUCUCUGUUGUAUAAAAUUCCACAGAGGAGCUUGCUGUUGAAAUAACAAAAGAAAAAAAUCGCACUCAGUAAAGGUCAAGGACACAAAACCAGUGUAGGCCCCACAGACCAUCUCAGAGCUCAACUGGACUGAGAAGCAAAACCUGAUCCACUGGCCACCAUGCCCAUCAUCAGCAAUGCCAACCGGGACUUCAGCAACCUCUCCGUCAGCACCGACAACAGCAGCCUCGAUCGCUUCUUUACAGAGAUCCCCGAGACCGAGACUGUCAAGGGGGUUUACUACAAGCGGGCCAAAUUCCUCCGGGAGCCAACAGAGGCCUCUGAGGAGAAGGUGGACCCUGCCCAGCUGGCCCUCAUCAACGUGGGGGGUGACCGCUAUGCCUUCCCCUGGUCCACCCUGGACGAGUUCCCCCUGACGCGACUGGGCCAGCUACGCUUCUGCCGCGGCCGCGACGACAUCUGCCGGCUGUGCGAUGACUUCGACGAGGCGCGCCACGAGUACUUCUUCGACCGCAGCUCGGCCGCCUUCCGCGUCAUCCUCAACUUCCUGGCGGCCGGCAAGCUGCGACUGCUGCGCGAGUCCUGUGCCGUCUCGCUGUGGGACGAGCUCAACUACUGGGGCGUGGACCCGGCGCAGAUGGAGCGCUGCUGCCGGCGACGCAUGAUGAGCGACGUGGACGAGGCGGCCGAGAGGAAGCGCAGGGACGAGGAGUGGCGGCAGCGACGACUGGACCUGCUACACCGCCCCCACCUGGAGGAAAGAGGGUACCGCAAGGUGAUGGGCAUGCUGAGAGACAUGGUGGAGAACCCCCAGUCGGGCUGGCUGGGCAAAGGCUUCGCCCUCUUCUCCAUCAUCAUGAUCGCCGUGACGGUCAUCAGCCUGUGCAUAAGCACCAUGCCGGACCUCAGGGAGGAGGAGAAAAGGGGCGAGUGUUCGCCAAAGUGUAAGCGCAUGUUCAUCGUGGAGACCAUCUGCGUGGUCUGGUUCUCCCUGGAGUUCGUGCUGCGCUUCAUCCAGGCCGACAGCAAGCUGGCCUUCGCCCGGAGCCCCCUCAACAUCAUCGACGCCGUGGCCAUCCUGCCCUACUACAUCUCCCUGAUCGUGGAUGAGACCGACCCACUGAAGGAGGAACUGGGCACGGCCGGCAGCGGAGGAGGGGGCCGAGGGUACCUGGACAAGCUCAGCCUGAUCCUGCGGGUGCUGCGGGCUUUGCGAAUCCUGUACGUGAUGCGGCUGGCGCGCCACUCCCUGGGUCUGCAGACGCUGGGGCUGACGGUGCAGCGCAGCACGCGGGAGUUCGGCUUGCUGCUGUGCUUCCUGUGCGUGGCCGUGGCCCUCUUCUCGCCACUGGUGCACCUGGCCGAGAGCGAGCUGGGCACGGAGCCCGACACCUCCACGGCGGGCAUGGGCGCCCAGGGGUUCACCAGCAUACCCGCCACCUACUGGUGGGCCAUCAUCUCCAUGACAACUGUAGGCUACGGCGACAUGGUGCCCAACAGCCUCCCGGGCCAGGUGGUGGCCUUCAGCAGCAUCCUGAGCGGCAUCCUCAUCAUGGCCUUCCCCGCCACCUCCAUCUUCCACCGCUUCUCGCGCUCCUACCAGGAGCUGAAGCUGGAGCACGAGAUGAUGUUCAAGGCCGAGCAGAAGGAGGAGCGUCUGGCCAGCCUGGCCGCCCUGACCUUCGAGGACACCCUGCGGGACCAGCAGCGCUUCCAGGUGGCCCCCUUCCCCGACUGGGUGUGGGAGGAGAAUGGCGUGGGGGGCCACCGGGAGAACGGGAACGGGCAGUGCGACCAAUGUGACUAUCAGCCCCUCACACAACAUGGCCACUGAGGUGGCAGCGCAGCGGGCUGGGAAGGCAACAAGGGGAGACAAACGGGACAAACGGGUCAGCUGACCCAGGCCCAGGGAGAGAGAGGGCCCAGAAUACUACAGGGUAACUAUUUCAUGUAUUGAGUGGGUGGCCCCUCAGAUGACCUUUUCCUGGGCCUGGCCAAAGCUGUCAGUGGCUCUGGCAGGCAAUGUGCACUGCUCACUCUUUGAAGACUGCUUAAAAGGUGUCGUGUCCAGUCA